CCCACCCCCCCCUCUUCACCAACACACGAUGCACCCGACCCUCCCCCUCCUCCGCCGCCUUCCAGUGCACGUAACCUUCUUCACGCGCGCCUCAUGCGGGCUCUGCGCAUCGGCACGCGACGUGCUCGCACAGGCAUGGGAGCGCCGACCAUUCGAGUACACCGAGGUUGACGUCAUGGCUUCCAGCAAGCGCAGCGGCGAGCGCGGUAACACGCGAUGGAAGGACGCGUAUGAGUUCGAUGUACCCGUGGUGCAUAUUCUGCCUGCUAGGGAGGUGGCGGUGGGGGUGGGGAAGGGGGUGGGGGACACAGGGGAUGGUGUGGUGGGCGAAGUCAGUGGGAAGGGGGAUACGGGUACCAGGAGGAAGCUGAUGCAUCGGUUUACGGUUGAUCAGGUCGUUAGCGUGAUGGAGGAGGUUACGGCUGUUCGCAAUGGUUAUUGA